AUGUCGUUCGUUGCGCCAAUUCAUUCCCCGGACCUGCCUCGUCAGCCCGGCCCUGUUCGAAAGUCGACCAAGCAUUUCAAGUGCCCAUGCCCGGAUUGUUCGUGCACGUAUAUCGAGCCUGCGGGACGUCCAGCGGAGGUUGAGUGCUUCUACCCGAACGAAGACCAAGGCGGGGACAAUAACAGAGGCAACGCCGUUACGCGCUGGCUGGAUGCCGCUGCUGAUGCCUACACGACCAAACUAUGCGAAUACCUGCUUGCCAUGUUCUCCAAGGGUAACGUGACGUACAAUUUUGCUGAUCUCGUCGAACGUUGGAAAGUCUGCAACGUCGAAUCGGCCUGCGUUUUUGAUCCGCAACAUUUUGACACGGCUCGAGUUUGUGACUGUCAAGAGUCCAACACAGCGCCCGAGCUGAGGAAUACGAGCCACGCCAUCCGCUGCCGCUCCGCUCGUCGCGCCAUAGCUGAUGACGAGGUCGUCUUGGAGACGUAUGCACAGGUGGCACCACUACCAACAGCUGCCUCCACACGCAGAGCGCUCAAGCGCGACUAUCAAGACAAACACCCUCCUAUCCAAGCAGCCUACCCAUUCAACGGGGUCCCCGUCUUGCCGAUUGCAGACUGGAUCUGUGACGAGCACACAUGCACGCCAGAAGAGCUCUUUGCACGCAUCGACGAUGCCGUUCAGAGUUUUGAGAGCGAGGACAACUGGGACAUUAUUCACAAGGGCGAAGGAGGCUCGAGUACAUGCGGCCUUGCACAGCGUAUCGAGGUCCUCUCGACUGUGGCCGUUCUACUAUCCGAAGACAACGGGCUGCCUAGGCGACAGGUCCAAAAGAUCUUUCUGAACUUAAUGAACCUCUUGCGGCCUAUGGAUGUCUUUUUCACCGGACCUUCCGUCAUUGAGAGCUACGGGCCCGCCAUGCUGGCUCUGCUUCAACUAGGAACAUUCUUCGAUGGCCACCAGCGUGGCGGGAAUGCUCUGCUCGACCCUGACCGCUUUCGAAAUCUCGUCCUCGCCCUGAAACAGAAGCGGAGUAUUCGAUUUACGGAUGAACUUAUGUUUGACGAGGCAAUCCAAGGAACGAUAGCCGAAGCGGUUUUCAAGCAAGAGCUCGAUGCCGACAACAGCAUUGUAUGCCUGCUUUGCAAAGACAAGCUUGUUGCCCACGACCGGACAUAUCUCGACCAGAAAGCCGCCGAACACUCAGAAAACUACAGGGAAGGUAGCAUUGCUGUUCGCGUCAAAUGUCAGGGUCGGCAUGUUUUUUGCAUCAAGUGUUGGCUGGGUUUUUGGAAGUCACAGACGGCUAAUGGCCGGCCCAAGGUGCAAUGCCACGCUUGUGACGAGGAGUUGCCCCUCAAGCAACUAGAACCGACUGUCUCAAUCGUAGACGCAGACUAUUUUGACCCCGCCAACACGCUGGGUUCCGGAGAGCCUCGACUGAACUGGGCCUCACUGGCUGCGGUUCCGCGGCACCCGCAGGAUUGGGGCGUAUGGGAUCCGCUCCUCGGCGCAAAUUACGAGCCACGGGCGGCUCCUCCUCCGCAGGGACUCUCAGAUUCGCAACUAACAAACACUACGCGCAAUGGUUUGCCGUUGCCAUUGAGGAAGUUGCGGCUUCGCGCGGUUGAUGAGAUGAACUGGGUGGGCCGCGGCACGUGGCUGGACGAUGGCAGCUUCCGCACGACGGCCCAGCGUGUCGCCAUCGGUGGUCCUCUGUUUGAGCCACAGCUCGGCAGCGUUUCUACCUUUGUGGGUGACAUUCCGGCGGCACGGCGAGGCAGUGCUGGGCGUGCUGGGUGGACUGCGGCAGUGAUGGCUGCAACUCAAAGCGCACAGGCCAACACAGGAAUACAAGUCAGAAAAGGGGUUCGCUAUCUGGGUCACACGCUUGCGCAGAGCCGUGCUGCCUAUCUGGAGAGGAGGAAGAAUAGAAUGGCAGGCAGAAUGCGUUUCGGGGCAGGUCAUGCUUAG